AUGUCUGGAACACGGCACAGCACGCGUAACAGGCGCCAAACAACACAGUUGGCACAGUACGAUGAGUCCCCUAGAAGGCCCGUAACCAGAUCGUACGGACGCGGCAGGAGAGGCGAGAAAUGGAAGCAGAGUGAUUCCAAGAGUGGUAUUCAGGGGGCCCACGCCGACAAGAACGGGUCGAAGAAAACGGUUCCUGAGGAGCCGCUAGAGGAGGAGGAUGCUUACAUGUGUGACAAGCUGGGAAUCAACCACAGCUGGAUUAAAGAUGACAUGAUCUAUUUGGAGCACCUCAACGAGUUCGCAACGUUACAGGAGCUCACCAACAAAUUGGAACAUUCGACAGAGCUCCCGAAGAAGGAGCAGGUGAAGGAUACUGGGCUGUGCGCCGUGAUGCCCUUCGCCAACCUCAUAUCGCCAGGAUUCAGCAACCACUACAGCACGCAGUACGAGGCCAAGCCCUUCGUGAGCAAGUGUAGUAACGUCGCAUGCGCCACUAACUACAAGGAGGUGAGUAGAGUGAUGGGAAAUGCGUUUGGGAUGUAUGUGGAUGUUUGUCUCUGUGAAUGGACUGAUUAUUUGCCGAAAUCAGCACUAACGCUUUUACAGGUACCGGCGCAUUCGAGGGCCGAACUUAUAUACGUGACGCCGCGGCAGAUGUACGCUAUCAUUACCACCAUACUGGGGCAGGUACUACGAAAUAGCGACGAAAUCUUCGGAGAAAUUGAUUGGAAAGCGGUUUCAAUAGAAAGCCAUCUGCCCGUCAGCGUCUGCAAGGAGUUCUGGUGGGGGUUCGACAUCACCCACAUUAAGGGUAAGCAAUGCUAA